UCCUCAUUUUGUAUCCUUACUCCGCUUAUUCUUACCCUCUCAUAGUCAUUUUCUCACCCCAAUGGCAAGCACACGUCUGUUCAAAUCCUCCAUUCGACCCAGAACGUAUGGUGCCUUCGUACUCGGUUCUGGGCUGUUUUUUUGCGCGUACCACGUCUACUCAUCACACUCGCCGCCGAAAGCGCGGCAUCUCAAUCCGUCAACUUUCACUCCUUACACACUCGUAUCUAGAGAUCCAGUGUCUAGCUCAAACGCGGUAUUUCAUCUUCGUCCGCAGAACAGUGACCCUCUGAACGCAGAGGCCAUGAGACUGGCCUCCAAGACGGGCAUAUGGAGCGUUCAAUUCAAGCAGCCGCAACUGCAGAUUGCGAGGAACUACACGCCGCUUCCAAACGUCGACGGCUUGGUGGCUGAUGACGAGCUUCGACUUUUGAUCCGCAGAGAGGAAGGCGGUGAGGUCUCGAAUUAUCUGCACGACCUGCCCGAACGAUCCACGAUUUCUGUGCGUGGGCCGUUUCAGGAAUGCGACAUCCCGUCUGGUGUGACUGAUGUUCUGUUUCUUGCUGGAGGUACUGGGAUUGCGCCAGCGCUGCAGGUUGCGAGGCUGAUUGGAGAGCGAGCGAAUCUGAAAAUGCACAUUCUGUGGGCUAAUCGAACCAGGGAGGAGUGCGAGGGCGGAAUCAGUGACUCCUACAGCUCCUCGGACAGCGGAUGGAGCGGGUGGCUUGGGGCAGUCAGAAAUGCCCCACACGACAAGCAACUGGGUGUUGGCCGUGAGCGGGGACAAAUUGUCCAGCUUCUUGACUCUUUGAAGUCGCAAGGGAAACAAGGCCAGCUUCUGGUGGAUUAUUUCGUGGACGAGGAGAAGAAAUUUAUCACGCCUAAUGAUGUGUCCCAGGCCCUAGUCCGUCGCGGCUCUGGGCGGGCCCUCAUUCUAAUCUCUGGCCCGGAUGGAUUUGUCGAUUAUUGGGCAGGAAGGAAAGAGUGGGCAGGCGGCCGUGAGGUCCAGGGCGCGCUCGGGGGUAAGCUGAAAGAGAUGAACUUGAAAGGAUGGAAGGUGAUCAAAAUAUGAAGGCACUUGAGGAUGGAUGGCUGUCAAGUUUCCACGAAGUGGUUUUUUGCAUUAUAAUUCCUACGGACACCACCUACCAGAAGCAUGAUUUGGGGAGGUGGCUAUCUGAGCGGCUAUACCUUCAUGCUUGGAUGUCAUCUUCCUUUGAGGGUAUGUUUGGAAGUCCAUCCCCCACGAACUCGGCAGCGAUCUGUCCGAGAGCAACACGACGCGAUGUGCUGUUCGGGUCUAAGUACGGCCGUUCGCCCAGACCGACGGCACGGUUGCCGAACCGUUCUCCUUCGAGGUCGUAGUCGAACGUCGCGGUGUGGAAUACUGAUCUGUUAUCCCAGAUUGCUGUUGGGCAUCUGCGUCAGAAUCUCAUGCUGGAGUGUGACCCUAAGAAGAAGAGAAAGAAGACGCACCAAUGUCGUUUACAUUUUUCCACUUGAACCGCACCUGCAAGUCAUGGUUCUUAUACACAAGAUCCAGAAACCAGUCCAGGAGCCUUUGGCUUUCUUCUUGCGUCAAACCGUUGAUAUGUUUGACGUGUCCACCAACUGGGAAGAUGCUCUUCCAACCGGUCACUGGGUUCGUCCGAACAACUGGAUGAAUGGCCUUCAGCUCGGAACCAACGUUCUCUGGAGCUCCACGCGGCUUGUCGUACACUUCAAAGCCGGAGCGUUUGGCGAUCUCAUUGAAACCUGGCUGCGCAAAUGUAGCCGUCAAUGUUUCCAGGAACUUCUGGUAUGGCUCUGAUAUGCGGUCGUAAAUCUCGUAGCCAGAUGCCCAGAGAGUAUCGCCCCCCGUCCGAGGCAGUUGCGUGAGUCGCAAGCUAGUGUAGUCGGCGGGGACGGGUUCGAAUGCAAUGUCCGAGUGCCACUGAGCGGUGGCUUGCUUUUUGGGGCUCAGCUCCUCUGGGCCGGGCUUCCGGUAGAACUUCUUGUGCUGCACAGAGGAGAUGGUAGAUAUUUCCGGGUCCGAACCGCCAAGUUCACGUUCAGAGUUGAGGAUUGGGUGGAUAUGUAGGGUCGAUGUCGAUGGCUUGCCCGUCAGUUGGCCUAGACGAUGAAUAAGCGCCUUCUGGAUGUCGUUUGUUAGGUUGUCUUGCGCGCGGAAGAACACCACACCACGCUCAGAGAUCUUGAUGGCCAAGUCUCGGAGGAGGGUGUCCGCGUUGGGCGAAUUUAUGAAAUCCACUAGGUUUGCCGUUGGAUAUUCCGUUCCAAUGACUGGCGUGAUGUCAAUGGACUCAUACGCAUCAAGCGAACCCGAAUACUUGAGGGGCGUCGGAUAUUGCUGCUUAGCCUGUACUGGGAGAGCCUUGGACUCAGAAUCAACGGCUAUCGGAGCCAUCGUCAGAGCACUUGAUGCGGGGGAGCUUCGUCACGGGAUUGUGCUUUUUUGUAAUGCUUGAAAAGUACCUGACACGGAAUAAAGAAAGCCGGAUCUAUCUCUUCGCACUUGUGUUUGCCAUCUGACCUCAACUCAGUCGUAUUCAUAUACACCCAUCUGGUCACGGUCUAUCUUUGACAGCCGGAUAAGACGGCAUAUUGCGUGUGAUGAUGCCAUGGAGCUGCAAGGUGCAUUGGUCUUUGGCCAUGAACUCGUGAUGAAGAGGCGUGGCAUAUUUGCACGCGGUGCAACGACGCGAGGCAUGGUUGCGUUGAUCAAAUCGAGUAUGGUUAACUGGGGAAAACUUCGAUGAGCAC